AUGAAGGACGAGCAGAUUGUCGGCGCCGCCUUGGCUGGAGUUCUUCCCAAGACAGACAGAUACUGGUUCCAACAGCCGCAUUUGCUCAGGUUGAAUCUGCUACUUCUGAUCCCUCUACUGUCCUCUUCAGUUGCAGGUUACGAUGGCUCCUUGAUGAACGGCCUUCAAUCCCUUCAACAGUGGCGAGAAUACUUUGGACAUCCGGCCGGCGUAAGGCUGGGAGUUGUGAACGCAGCGCAAUCUAUUGGAUCUGUUCUAGCCCUGCCUAUUGUGGGAUAUCUGGCGGAUCGCUUCGGCAGGAAGCCCGUUCUCCUGUCUGGCAUCAUUCUCAUCAUCAUCGCCACGAUAAUCCAGUCCACCUCGAUCAACCUACCGAUGUUCAUCAUCUCGCGGCUAGUUGUCGGCUUCGGUGGCAUGUUUGUCGUUCAUCCGAGUCCCAUGCUCAUUGCUGAAUUAGCUUACCCGACACACCGUGGAAAAUACACAUCAGCUUAUUGGACUAUGUAUUAUCUUGGUGCGAUCUUGGCUUCCUGGACAACUUUCGGGUGCCAAGAUUACCAAAGUGAGUGGGCAUGGCGGGUUCCCUCCAUUCUUCAAGCCGGCUUCCCACUGGUGCAGCUAUGCUUCUACGCCUGGGUUCCAGAGUCACCCAGAUGGCUGGUAGCACGAGAAAGAACUACAGAAGCAGCUGCAAUUCUCGCAAAGUAUCAUUCAGGGAUUCAUGCCCCAUCUGAAGGCCAUACUCCUCUUGUUCGCCGUGAAGUGGCCGAAAUUGUCCAGACAAUCCAGCAAGAAAAGUCUGCAGAGACGACGGGCUGGGUGGCGUUGGUAUCCACGCCUGGCAAUCGCAAGAGGACGCUAAUUGCAGUUUGUGUGGGAGCGUUUGCCCAGUGGAAUGGCAUUGGCGUAGUCUCGUACUAUCUCACACUUGUUCUCAACACCGUCGGUAUCACGGACACCUUUACACAAACCUUGAUCAACGGUCUUCUUCAGAUCUUCAAUUUCGCUGCCGCUUUAAGCGCUGCCUUCCUCGUCGACCGGCUUGGCCGUCGAACUCUAUUCCUUUGGUCAGGGGCAGGCAUGCUGGUGAGCUACAUUGUCUGGACAGCGUGCUCAGCUGUCAACACAGAUACCGGGUCCAAAUCCGCUGGAAUUGUUGUCGUCGUCUGCCUCUUCACCUUUUACUUCCAUUACGACAUCGCUUACACCCCACUUCUGAUGGGAUAUCCGACCGAGAUUUUUCCCUACUCUCUGCGUUCCAAAGGCAUCGCGGUUGAGCUAUUCGCAAUCUACGGGUCACUGAUCAUCGCGGCAUUCGUAAAUCCCAUCGGUCUAGAGAACAUUGGGUGGCGUUAUUACAUUGUCUUCUGUUGCUUUUUGGUAGUAUUCUUUGUCGUUACGUGGGUAUUGUUCCCGGAGACCAAGGGGUACAGCUUGGAAGAGAUUGCGGUGAUUUUCGACGGACCCCAGGCUGUGGAAAACUUUGAGGAUGCUUCAGAGUCGAAGGAAGAGAAAAUACUUGCCAAAGGCGGAAUUCACGAUAUCGUACAUAAGGAGGAGGCAUAG